GUGAGUGACGGAGAGGCUGGAAGCGGCUGGUUGCCUAGCAACAGGUUGGCAUCCUGGUUGGUGCGGGAGCAACGAGGGCAUCGGGGAGCGCCCAGCCGCCGUCGUGCCCGAGCUUCUGCGGGGAUGCUGGCACGCCCACCUGCCCACCCUCCCCCAGGAGCCGGGGUGACUCACGCACUGGUGGCGGCAGCGGCCCCUCCCUCGGCAGCUGGAUCGGCAGCAGCCAGAGCGGAGUGGUGGCACCGGCGCUCCCUCCACUGGGCGGCACUUCCGAGCGCGCUCCAGCCUCUUCGAGGAGAACUCCCCGCCGCCGCUGCCCGCUGCUGACUCGCGAGUUGCGGCGCCUCGGAGGCGGCCAUGGACCUUCGGCUGCGCGAGCUGCGCCUGCAGGAGGAGAAGGAGUUUCUGGAGAGCGUGGCGCUGCCCCCGCCGCCAGAUGGGACUCCGGACCACUCCCCUGUGGAGGGAGCCAGGAGGGGCAGUCGGGGGCAGGCCAUUGUCCCUGAGCCCCUGAUGACCGAUGGAGACUGGCAGGCGCCCUGUGUCCCCAAGUCCGCCAGAGACACCAACUUCAUCCUGGAGGCGGUGAAGCGCAACAAGUUCCUGCGGUGCCUGGGCGAUGGGCAGAGCCAGCCUCUCGUGGAGAGCUUCACCCCGGAGCAGCGCCAGCCGGGCGACGUCGUCGUGGCCGAGGGGGACGAGGGGCACACCAUGUACAUCGUGGCUGGCGGGGAGCUCAGCGUGACGCAGAAAGGGCGCCAACUCCGCACGCUGCUGCCGGGGGACGUCUUCGGGGAGCUGGCGGUGCUGUACAACUGCCAGCGCACCGCGACCGUCGCCGCGCUCACCCCUGUGCAGCUGUGGGCCAUUGGCCGGCAGACCUAUCGCACCAUCAUCACCGAGAAUGCCAAGCAGCAGCGCGCAGAGGUGCUGGCCGGCCUGCGAGGGGUGAAGCCUCUGCAAGGCCUGUCGGAUGCUGCCCUGUCUCAACUGCUGGACUCCGCUGAGGAGCGCACAUUCACCCACAAUGAGCAAAUCAUCCAAGAAGGCGACGAGGGCAGGACCUUUUUCUUCAUCCUCAGUGGACAGGUGGAGGUGACCAGGACCGUGGCAGGGCAGGAAGAACACAUCCGUGUGCUGAAGGCCGGGGACCACUUUGGCGAGCUGGCCCUCAUCCGCAACAUCCGCCGGACGGCCAGCUGCAGGGCGCAGGAUGAGGUCACCUGCAUCGCAGUAAGCAAGGAAGACUUCCAGGAGCUGAGCCCAAUGUGUGCCCGUGAGCCGGAAGUGGCCGUGCAAGAGCCCCCUCCCCUCUCUGGGCCCAGACGUGGCUCCUCCCUGGACCGGCCUCUGGGCCCGCUCUGCCUGCAGGAUCUCCUGCCGGUUUGCUACGAGGACGGGGAGCAGCAGGGCCGGCCGGUGGUUCUGGGCACCGGUGGCUUCGGCACUGUGGAGCUGGUCCGAUAUGCGGAGGAGGGCCAGGCCCACCUCUUUGCCCUCAAGCGGCUGAGGAAAGACCACGUGGUGCAGAAGCGCCAGCAGGAGCACGUGCUGAUGGAGAAGGAGGUGCUGCAGCGAAGCCGCUCCCCCUUCAUCGUCAGGCUCUUUGGAACCUUCCGGGACAGCCGCUACGUCUAUCUGCUCCUGGAGUUCUGCCAAGGAGGCGAGCUGUGGGCCAAGCUGCGUGAGGUGCGCUGCUUCUCGGAGCCGGUGGCGGUCUUCUGCUCGGCUUGCGUGGUCGAGGCCCUGGACUACCUGCACGCGCAGGGCAUCGUCUACCGGGACCUGAAGCCCGAGAACCUGAUGCUGGACACCAAGGGCUACGUCAAGCUGGGGCCUCUUUAUUUGCAGGUGGACUUUGGGUUUGCCAAGGCACUGGGCCGUGGGGAGAAGACCUACUCCUUCUGCGGGACCCCCGAGUACCUGGCCCCUGAGAUUCUGCGCCAUGAAGGCCAUGACUACUCGGUGGACUUCUGGACCCUCGGGGUGCUCAUCUUUGAGAUGCUCGUUGGGCGACCCCCGUUCCACAGUGCUGAGCCCCAGAAGAUCUACAGCAAGAUCAUGGAUGGCAUCUUCUCCUUCCCCGUCUUUCUGAGCGAGGCAGCCUGCUCGCUGGUGACCAAACUCUGCAAGCGCCGGCCAGGGCAGCGACUGGGCAGCACAAGCAGCGGGAUCCGGGGCAUCCGCAAGCACAGGUGGUUCGGCUCCCUCUCCUGGAAGAAGCUGUCACUGCGCCAGAUUGAGGCCCCCACUGUCAUGCUGCUCAAGCAGGGCCAGCCCUAUGCCAACUUCAAGAGGUUCUCUGUUUCGGGGCAGCUGCCAGAGGAGGAGUUCUCUGGCUGGGACGAAGACUUCUGAGUUCCUGCAGCUGCUGCUGCCGCCGGUGGGGAGAAAGGCCUGCCUUGAGGGGCCUCUCCUCUGCCCCACAGCCCGGAUGGACGCCUGGAACUGACGCUGAGCCAUCCCCGCAGCAGCAGCCUCUCUGCCCGGCUCCGGCUGCUCCCGGAGAGGGCCCUGCAGCGGCCUUGUUGCCUGUUCGCCUCGUCCGCCCCCCGCCCGCUGCACCCCCUGUGCUUGGCAGAGGCCCGGGUGCCUUCCCUCCCCGCUGCUGCUCCUGCCCCACCUCCUCGCGGCGCUGCCGGUGAGCAACGUACGUCACUGUGAGCGAGGCGGGUCCUGCCUGCCCGCAAGUUGUGCUGUGCUGUGUGCGGGGCGGGGGAAUAAAGAGCCCUGGGAAGCGC